CGCCACACACCUGUGGACAGGUGGCGGGGCUUUUGUAGCGGGUGUAAAGCCGCGCCACACACCUGUGGACAGGUGGCGGGGCUUUUGUAGCGGCGUAUAUAUUAACCUCAGCCGCAGCAUCCAGCCGCAGCGGCAGCUCGCCGCCCGAACUCUGCAAGAGGUCACCGCGCACGCACCAUGCACCUCCAGCACCCGAGGUCCAUCGACUCCGUGCGCAUCUACGCGCCGAGCCCGGCCAAGCGCUACGGCUUGAUUGCCUUGGCGGCGGUCGCCUACGCCGCGUCUCUGACGGCGUGUUAUCGCACCGCUGGCGUCCCGUACGCCAAAGCGUUGGAGGAGGGCAAGGCUCUGGACGACAAGGACCACGCGCGGCUGGCGCAGAAGGCGGCCCAGCACUCCGCGAAGCUCCAGCGGCAAAAGGCCCAGAAGUUGGUCGAGCAGCUCGUCGACCAGCAGGUCGACGACGCGGAGAACAAGACGAAGGCGAACUCGGAGCGCAAGAAGGCCGAGGAGGCGCUCGCGCGCGCGGCGAAACUGGCGGAGCACACGAUGGCCUCGAUCAAGCGCGGCGAGAACAAGACGGACGAGGAGCUCGCGAUCGAGGUGUUCGGGGAGGACUACGCGCGCGGCGGCGCCCCCAAGCCUCCAAACGCCGCGGCGCCGUCGCCGACCCGCCGCGCGCGCAGGUCCCGGAGCCGGAGAAGGAGGACGACCGCUCGCUGCCGUCGAAGCGCCUGCCGUCGGCGGCCGCGUGCCUGUUCUUAUUCUUGGUGUUGACCUUCCACGCCCUGUACCACCUCAUGUGCCGCUGGGUCGUGCCCUUCAAGGCGGCGACGCGGUUUCGGGAGACGGACCAGAUGAGCAACCGGGCCUACGCGCUCAUCCUCCCCAAGAAGCACAAGGGGCGGCCCGCCCUCUGCCCGGUGCGGAGCGCGCGCGUGGGCGCGGGCCUCGUCGUGGACUACCAGCGCCAGCUCUACGAGUACUGGGGCCCCGAGGCGGACGAGGAGGAGGCGGCGGCCUCCGACACGGACGACGGGAGCGUCGAGGAGAUAGUCGUGGACGACGACGACGACGUGCAGGGCGAGGGGCGGGAGAACGGCUCGCUCCGCAGGGUCGCGCCGCCGCUCGCGCUCGACGUGGCGCACUACGCGCGGGCCGCGGGCCUGGACGCGCGGGCCGCGGAGGCCGCGCGGGAGCGCUACGGCAAGAACGUCGUGGAGGUGCGCGUGCCGGGCUUCCUGGAGCUCUACCGCGAGCAGCUCCUGUCGCCGAUCGCCAUGUUCCAGGUCUUCACGUCCCUGCUGUGGCUGCUGGACGCCUACUGGCAGUACGUGGGCUUCACCCUGUUUUCGAUCGUGACGAUGGAGGCGGGGACGGCGCGCCGGCCGCGUCGGACGCCUCGCGGGGGGCCUUCCGCGCGCCGCUCCGGCCGCCGCGUCGACGCGCGGCGCCACCGCCCGCCCGCGCGCAGGUCAUGCAGCGCCGCAAGACGCUCCAGUCGCUGUCGGGCAUGUCCGCGCGCGCGGCCCCCGUGCUCUGCCUCCGCGACGGGCAGUGGCAGGACGUCUCGAGCGACGAGCUGCUCCCGGGCGACCUCAUCUCGAUCGCGCGGCGGCGCCCGCCGCCGCUCCCCGCCGAGUCGCCGCCGCCGUCGCCCCAGAGCGCGGAGGAGGCGCGGAAGCGGGCGGACGCGCGGCGGGAGUUCGAGAAGAAGCGCAACGCCCACUUCCGCGCGCAGCCGUCGAUCAUCCCCUGCGACUGCGUGCUCGUCCAGGGCUCCGCGGUGACGAACGAGGCGACGCUCACCGGCGAGUCGACGCCGCAGAUGAAGGACGCCCUGGACGCGGCGGAGGACCGCGCGCUGGCCUUCGAGGGGGCCGACCGCGUCGCGACGCUGUUUUCGGGCACGGACCUCGUGAACUCGACGCCGGGCGACGGGCCGCACGCCCCGCCGGACGGGGGCGCGGUCGCCUACGUCCUGCGGACGGGCUUUAGCUCCGCCCAGGGCGAGCUCAUGCAGAUGAUCGAGUUCUCGCAGCAGGGCGUCUCGAGCGACACCUUCGAGACGCUCCUGGCGCUGGGCAUCCUCCUGCUCUUCGCGCUCGCGUCGGCGGCCUACGUCUUCCGGGAGGGCCUGCGCAAGGGCGACCGCACGACGCACGAGCUGCUGCUGCGGUGCGUCAUCAUCGUCACGUCGGUCGUGCCGCGCCAGCUCCCCAUGCAGAUGGCGCUCGCCGUGAACACGGCGCUCAUGGCGCUGAUGAAGCGCGGGAUCAUGGCCGUCGAGCCGUACCGCGUGCCGUUCGCCGGGCGGCUGGAGCACUGCCUCUUCGACAAGACGGGGACGCUCACGACGGACCGGCUCGUGCCGGCCGGCGUCGUCGGGCCCGCGGGCGGCGCCCUGCGGCCCUUCGCCGAGGCGCCCCCCGAGGCCGCCGUCGUCGUCGCGGCCUGCCACGCGCUCGUCGGCGCCGACGACGACGACACGCUCGUGGGCGACCCCAUCGAGCUGACGGCGGUGCGCGCGCUGGGCUGGACCUACGACCCGAAGGCGGAGACCGCGCGGGGCCCGCGGACGGCGGCGCGCAUCCGGCGGCGCUUCCACUUCUCGUCGGCGCUCCAGCGCAUGUCGGUGGUCGCCGACGUCGACGGCGUCGCGACGGCGCUGGUCAAGGGCUCGCCGGAGGCCGUCGGGGCGCUCCUCCGGCAGGCGCCCGCGUGGUUCGAGCCCGCGUACGUCGGCCUCGCCGAGCGGGGGCUGCGCGUCCUGGCGCUGGCGUCGCGGCGCUGCGACGGCGACGUCGAGCGGCGGGACGACGUGGAGCGGGACCUGGAGCUGUGCGGCCUGGCGGCCUUCGAGUGCAAGACGCGCGCGGACUCGCGGGUCGUGGUGACGGCGCUCGCGCAGUCCGCGCACCGCGUGGCCAUGGUGACGGGCGACGCGCCCCUGACGGCGCUGCACGUCGCGCGCGAGUGCAACAUCGCCGACGGUCGCCCCGCCCUGGUGCUGGAGGCC